CCUCUGUGUUCUCUCAUGUGCAGAGCAAGGACAGAAUUUAUUUUUAACUUGGCUACCUUUCGUCCUCGUGAACUCCUCCCUACCUUACAGUCAGCAGCAUCUGCUGUUAGAAGCCAUGAACAUUAUCCAGCUGGGGUGUCUUCCCAAAGUUCCCUCUGGCUCUGUGGAUCAGGGCUGUUUCAAGGAAGCAUUCUAGACCGCUAUGUGAAAACAGAGGGAGCUUGGUUGCUCAACCCAAUGAAGCAAGUUUAUAGAGCAAACAGUGAUGAAGAAUGUGCAGAGAAAUGUGAAAAUGAAGAAAAGUUUGCCUGCAGGGCCUUCUUGUUUACCAGUAAAGACCAACAGUGUUUAACAUUGACAGAGAACACCAAAACAGCAAUGAUAUUCAGAAGAGCAAAUGCAGUUCUUUACGAAAAAAGAAUUUAUCUUCUAGAAUGCAAGGAGGGAAAAGGAGUGGAUUACAGAGGAACAGAAGCCAAAACUCAGAAGGGUGUGAAAUGCCAAAAGUGGGCUGAUAAUGCCCCACAUAAACCAAAUUACACACCUGAAAAAUAUCCCAAAGCAGGACUGGAGGAAAACUACUGCAGAAAUCCUGAUGCGGAUGAAAAGGGACCCUGGUGUUACACAACAGACCCUGAUACCAGAUUUGACUACUGUAACAUCCCUGAGUGUGAAGUAGAGUGCAUGCACUGCAGUGGAGAAAACUACCGUGGAGUAGUUGCAACAACAACGUCUGGGCUUGAGUGCCAGCGCUGGGACUCCCAGGAACCUCACUCCCAUGGAUACCUCCCAGAAAAUUUUCCAGAGAAGGAUCUGAAGAAUAAUUAUUGUCGUAAUCCUGAUGGAGAACCUCGGCCCUGGUGUUUCACUACCAGUCCAACUAAACGCUGGGAAUAUUGUGACAUUCCUCGUUGCACAACACCCCCACCACCUCCUGCACCAGGACGGCAGUGUCUCUCAGGAAGAGGAGAAGACUAUCGAGGCACAGUAUCUGUUACUGAGUCAGGAAAUACCUGUCAGCACUGGAGCUCUCAGUCUCCCCACAGACACGCUCGCACUCCUGAAAACUAUCCCUGCCAGGGCCUAGAUGAAAACUACUGCAGAAAUCCUGAUGGUGAGAAGAGGCCAUGGUGUUACACCACCAACACAAGUGCCCGGUGGGAAUAUUGCAACAUCCCCUCCUGUGAUAGUACCAAGCCAGAGACCCCUGCUGUUGAUGUGCCUGAGCAGGCUGAAGUCACUGAGGAGUGCUAUCAGGGCAAUGGGGUGACUUACCGUGGCACAGCUUCUUUCACUCGCUCGGGAAAGAAGUGCCAAGCCUGGAGCUCCAUGUCGCCUCACCGGCACAACAAAACGGCACAGAACUUCCCAAACGCGGGCCUGAGCCAAAAUUACUGCAGAAACCCGGAUGCCGACAGCCGUCCAUGGUGCUACACCACCGACCCCAGAGUGAGGUGGGAGUAUUGUGACCUGAAGAAGUGUGAUGACCAGGGACCACAGACUGUACCUAAGCCUCCUCAGACAACACCAGAAACAAACCCUGAGUGCAUUGUUGAAAAUGGUAUAGACUACCGUGGCACAGUGGCAAAAACUGCAAGGGGCAGGACUUGUCAAGAGUGGAGUUCUCAGAGACCUCACAGCCAUGACUAUUUCACUCCCACAACUCAUCCAAGAGCAGGCCUGGAAAAAAAUUAUUGCAGGAAUCCUGAUGGAGAUGUGAAUGGACCUUGGUGCUACACAACAGACCCGAGAAAAGCCUGGGAGUACUGUGACAUUCCCAAGUGCCCUCCUCCUCAGUAUGAAUGUGGGAAAUCCAAGUUCAGACCAAAACUGUGUGCUCAAAGGAUUGUCGCAGGGUGUGUUUCACAUCCACACUCCUGGCCCUGGCAGAUCAGCCUCCGUACCAGUUAUGGAUUGCAUUUCUGUGGGGGAACUCUGAUAGAUCCUCAAUGGGUUCUUACUGCUGCCCACUGCUUAGAAAAGUCCUCACGACCAGCUGCAUAUAAAGUAUACCUCGGAUUACACAAAGAAGCAGCAACAGAGCCAUCAGUACAAAUUCGUGAUGUAGAGAAGUUGAUCAAGGAGCCACGCAGAGCAGAUAUUGCUCUGCUCAAACUGAGCAGACCAGCUGUCAUUAAUAAUCAUGUAAUCCCAGUUUGUUUACCAAAAGAAAACUAUGUGUUAGGAGGAAGAGAGGAGUGCUAUGUGACAGGCUGGGGAGACACAAAAGGUACUUCUGGUCGGGGCUACUUAAAGGAAACUGGCUUUCCUGUAAUCGAGAAUAAAAUAUGCAACCGCCCUGAAUUUUUGAAUGGUAGAGUUAAAAAGCAUGAACUCUGUGCUGGGAAUAUUCAUGGUGGCACAGAUACUUGCCAGGGGGACAGUGGAGGACCUCUAGUGUGUCUGGACCAAGAUAAAUUUGUCCAACAUGGAGUCACCUCUUGGGGCCUUGGCUGUGCCCAGCCCAUGAAACCUGGUGUUUAUGUUCGAGUCUCCAACUAUAUUACUUGGAUUAAGAGUGUGAUGGAAAACAACUGAUCCUGGGUAUGGACUGCCCUCUCCUGGACAGCAGCAUGCACGGCAGAAAUACAAGAUUCCAAGUGCAAUAUUAAAGCUACAAUCAUUCAUUUAAAAAAGUCAAAUAAAUAUGAUCAUCCAUUUUAAAUUGCUAUAAAUUAGUAGUCAUUACCAAGAAGCCCAGCUGACAGUCUGUUACCCUCUUUCUAUAUGUUAUAUAGUUUGUUUGCUAUGUCUGACAAUAGACUUGCCCACCUCUGAAAUGCAUGUUGAAAAUUCCAACCUUAACUGUAACUGGACACCUGCAUUUUAAUUUUUUUUUUAGCUCUGCCAUGAUAUUUUCUUUUAAGGUCAUCAUUUUCAAGAUGUUCUACUUCUAACAUAUGAAGAAAUGUGAUACUUUUUUUUUUUCUAUGAGUUGUCUGUACCUAUUAUCAAUUUGAUGUUACAAACCAAAGAAAAAUCUCAUAGUACAUCUUAUAUGCCUGUGAAGUUUUAUUAGAUAUAUCUGAUAGCAUUAAAUACAUGGGAUGGGGGAAAAAAAAAAGGAAGGAAACACAUUUGGUUUGUGUUUUCAUAUUUUUUAUCAUUGUGGAAAUACAUGUGUCGCAAAAGUAUAAAUGUUGUAUCAAAGAUAUAAACCAGUAAAUAAAAAACCAGCCUCACCCU